AUGUCAACACUGCUCCAACAUUCCUUCCGUGAUAAGAGGCUGCCACCGGUACCAGCUGGAGCUUCCAUAUACCAUCACGAUCCUCUUUUAUAUGUUGAACGUCAGACAAAGCACAUACAGCGCAACCUCCAAGUCCUGAUCGAUGCCCAAAGCGAAGGCCUUCUCUCCGUUCUUGCUGAGCCUCCUGCGGAUGAUGCCUCGGCCGGAACCUUCACGCCGGCCCUAUCUUCAAGGAGUGGAUCGCAUUCCCCUUCCAUAGUGCCUGCUAGGCAGCCCGCGCCCAAAAAGAUCGGGCUUCGAGCUGCCCGGGAGGGCAUCUUUCAAUCGAUAUACGACCUACUUAAGCUACGAGAAGAAGAACGAGAAAUUCUCACGACACAGACCAACGAAAGAGAGAAUGCGCUGCAUGAUAUUCAAAGCUUCCUUUCGAGGAAAAGUGGCCUUCAAGAGACCAUUGCCACUAUACAUGGAGAUCAGGAAAGCCGACGGUCGAAACAACUAGAAGAAGAGGCCCGUAACCUCGAAACUGACAUUCGUGAAUUGGAGACCAGGUUGUAUGAGAUGAAAGCUAAACACCGACAACUUGUGAAUGAGAUAUCACACAUCGAUAACUCGGUCGACGCCAAGCUUUCUUCUUACACCGAAUCUCUGUCCUUGCUCGAGUCUGAUAUUCGAAACUACCUGCGUGACCCUCCCAUCAAAUCGUUAACACAAUACUCAGGUGAACCUACGUUUCACGCCUUGAACCCUAAACGUCGGACACUUGAGAUGGCCCAGGAGCACUGGAACAGCGAACAAAACACCUUGCACAAUCGGCAACAGAGUGUGGAUGCGGAAAUAUUGGCUUUGGAAGAAGGAGGUGGAGUGUGGAAACAAGCGGUGUCUGAUAUUACUGGCUUUGAAAAGCGUUUACAAGCCAAUAUGCGACAUUAUGUUGAGAUGACCGACCCAGCAACAGACUUAGCAGGAUCCGCCCCGACAGAUCACAAAGACAGUCUGGUGAAGAGUAUCUUGGAUGACUUGGAGAGAACCACACAGCGGCUUGAAUCACAUCUGGAGCUCGCCGAGCGUAAGGAUUGGAAGCUAUUAGUUUGCUGCAUUUCAGCCGAGCUAGAGGCCCUGCGAGAAGCGAGGGGGAUGCUUCUUCCCGCGUUUGGUCUGCCGUCGCAUCAAAAGGAUACACUCCUGAAUUCCCCAGGGCCCAAAGAUUCUACUGCCAUCAGGCAUGUCGCGGAGGAUGACCAUGAGGACUUCCUCACGCAUCCGCUAGAAAAUGAUGAUCCAGAACCUCCAGCUGAUCUUCUUAGAGAUCCAGAUACUCAUCAUUCGGAUGCUGCAUCCAGGUCGGAUGAAGACGAUGAGCCUGAUCCGUCAUGGCUGACCUGA